AUUAGCUUCACGAAAACUUUUGCAUAGUGCAAAAAAAUUUACUGGUGCUCUGCCACUUUGUUGCGGAGAAUAUAAUUUUUGGCAAUCCGUGCAGUUGAAUCAAAACACGAUAAAAUGUCGGAGGUUAACCAGCAAAUGAACUUGUACUCUAUCACUAGAAUGGCAAUGACGUUAGGUCCGGGAUUAGGUUUCCUUCUUUAUCUGCAUUCGGUAACCAUAAACCAGCGACAAGAUCUACUAGACAGGGACCAUAGAAUGAGGGACACACUUCUAUCCGACAUCAAAGAGUCUUACGACUUUAUAGUGGUGGGGGGCGGCAGUGCCGGUGCCGUUUUAGCCAAUCGCCUCUCGGAGAACCCGUACUGGGAGGUUUUACUGCUCGAAGCUGGUCCUGAUGAAAUCAGCAUAUCCGACAUGCCUUUGAUGUUCCCCGUUUUGCAACUCACACCAAUAGAUUGGCAGUAUAAGACAGAACCGGGAGAAAAGUAUUGUCAAGCUAUGGUAGACGGUAAAUGUAACUGGCCCAGAGGUAAAGUGCUAGGGGGAUCGUCAGUUCUAAACGCCAUGUUGUACGUUCGAGGGAAUAAGAAGGAUUAUGAUAGAUGGGCGGAAGUUGGUAACCGGGGUUGGAGUUAUGAGGAAGUGUUGCCGUACUUUAAGAAAUCCGAGGACAUAAGGAUCCCUGAAUAUAUGGACGACCCCUAUCAUGGGAGAAAUGGAUAUUUGUCAGUCGAACACUUCAGAUACAGAUCUCCGCUUGCUGGCUGGUUCCUACACGCCGCUAAUGAAGCAGGUUACGACAUAAGAGAUAUAAAUGGGGAGUACCAAACCGGUUUCUCUCUGUCGCAAGGUACUUUAAGAGAUGGAUUACGAUGUAGCACCGCCAAAGCUUUUCUAAGAUCCGUUAGCGAUAGACCCAACCUACACGUCAGUCUCCUGUCUACGGUCGAACAAAUUCUAAUCGACAAAGAAAGGAAACAAGCCUACGGGGUAGUCUUCAACAAAUUGGGAAUUAAAAAAACGGUGUAUUGCGACAAAGAAGUUAUUCUCAGCGCGGGAGCUCUAGGUUCGCCGCAAUUGCUUAUGCUAGCUGGAAUAGGUCCAAGGGAUCAUUUGGAAGACGUGGACGUCGAAGUGCUUGUAGAUUCUCCCGGGGUGGGGCGCAAUUUGCAAGACCACGUAGCGAUGGGCGGAGCCUCGUACUUUUUCGAACCCUCCGACGAAUAUCAAGGCCAGACUUGUAGCUUCCAAUUGCCCACAAUCUUUUGCGAAAAGACCGUGGACGCUUUCGCGCAAAAUCGCAGCGGACCGGUUUACUGGUUGCCAGAAUGCGAGGUUAUGGGAUUCGUAAGCACGGAAUAUGCUAAAUAUGAGGACGAUUGGCCGGACAUUCAAUUUUUUUUUACGUCGUAUUCGGAAGUCUCGGACGGAGGGCUGUUUAGCAAGAGGGCGGUAGGCAUGAAAGAUGACGUUUACACGGCGGUUUACGAGGAGAAUGUAUACAAAGAAAGUUUUUCCGUUUACACAUUGUUGAUGAGACCAAGAAGCAGAGGCCGGCUUAUGCUGAAAGACAACAAUCCCGCAUCCAAGAUUCUGAUUUACCCCAACUACUAUGCUGAUCCUUACGACAUUAAAGUUAUUGUCGAGGGUGCAAAAAUCGGUCACAAAAUUGUUACGCAAACACCGACGAUGAAAAAGUACAAAACCACAAUAAAUCAACUGCGCAUGCCAGGCUGUCACCAGCUUGAAUUUCUAUCGGACGAGUAUUGGACUUGCCUGGCUUACCAUUACACCUUGACCAUUUACCAUCCGAUCGGGACGGCGAAAAUGGGCCCUGACGAUGACCCAAUGGCCGUGGUCGAUCCGAGACUCAGAGUGAGAGGAGUGUCCAACUUGAGGGUGGUGGAUUGCAGUAUAAUGCCUUUCAUUCCGAGCGGAAAUACCAACGCGCCCGUUAUAAUGGUGGCAGAGAAGGCGGCGGACAUGAUCAAGGAAGACUGGGGCGUACUGAAGAAGUACGAACAGCCAAUCGAAGAACCCGUAGAAGAACAAUACGAAGAGGACGAAGAAUACAAUGAUAAAGCAGGAAAUGUACAGGAACAAGAAAUGUUGAUGCCGGAAGGUGUGUGGAUGCCGAGUAAUAUAGAUUAUUGGUAAUUAUGUUGGUCGAAUUUAUUUCGUGAAACGUACAGACAUUUCAAGUUUCGUCAGGUCUUCCCCAUUUUAACGUUUUUUUUUUUUAAAUAAAAAUAACUCUUGAAACUGCAAAAAUAAAAUCUUUUAAUAUUUGUAUUUGCCUUAAUGUGUUUUUUCUGCUUACGCAAAAAGAAAUCCAUUUUUUUAUAUUCCGCAAAGUUUACCAAAAUGUACAUGUACAUAUUUUCUUUUUGUCUACUAACUUAUGUUUUAUUUUUAUUAAGUUAUGCAAGUUAGUAAAAGUGUAGGUGAAAAAUAAAAUGUUAAUUGUAUAUUGCACUCAAAGGGCCAUGCUAGUAAUAUAUUUGUAUAUGUAUAAUUGUCAAAUACUCAU